UGUACAAUGCCCGGGUGUAAUAAAGGAGACCACGACCAUGAGCACUGCUAUGGAAAGGGAGGAGGCAUGGAGGGUCAAGCUCCGUGGAUGCGGAACAAGAAAAAGGAGACUGCCGCAGUCACUGUGGCAGCACCUUCUUCAACUCCUGUCAUCGCAGCAGUAGUGACUGCAGAGAGCCUCUCAAGUCUCUAUACAGACGUCUCUUUUGCAUCCAUCGCUCAACUUCCCGAUGAAGUCUCGUGCGCCAUCUCACUCCCCUUCGCUACCAUAUUGGACUCAGGCACAACAGUCACACUUGUCAAAGACCGCCGUUUUUUCCAUACAUACUCUACGGCCGAGACUGUUCCAGUACACACUGCGAACCAUGGGAUACUUGAGACAACAGGACGAGGG